CGUAUCCACGCUCUCUUCCUCCUCCACCUACUAACGCAUCCCUCCUCCUCCCCAUCUCCAAUUCCACCUUUCCGAGGCGGCGUCUGCACAACCAUCGAAUCCAUUCCUUCUGCCCGCUGCUCUGAUCGCGAAGGGGGAAGAUGCUGGGCGCAGCGAGGAGGCAGCUCGGAUCCGGGCCCAUGCUGGGGCAGGUGCUGCGGAGGCUCCGCCCGGCGUCCGCGGACGCGGCGAGGGGGUACGCCGCCGCGGGGAAGGAGAUCACCGUUCGUGAAGCGUUGAACACUGCACUAGACGAAGAAAUGUCCGCUGAUCCUUCGGUCUUUUUGAUGGGCGAAGAGGUUGGAGAAUAUCAAGGUGCAUACAAGAUUACAAAGGGCUUGCUUGACAAGUAUGGUCCUGAUAGGGUGCUCGAUACUCCAAUUACGGAGGCUGGUUUUACUGGCAUUGGUGUUGGUGCAGCCUAUCAGGGUCUUCGGCCAGUCAUAGAGUUCAUGACAUUUAAUUUCUCAAUGCAGGCAAUCGAUCAUAUCAUCAACUCAGCUGCCAAGUCAAACUACAUGUCAGCUGGUCAGAUAAAUGUUCCUAUUGUUUUCAGAGGACCAAAUGGAGCUGCUGCUGGAGUUGGUGCUCAACAUUCACAGUGCUAUGCAGCUUGGUAUGCUCAUGUUCCAGGGCUUAAGGUUCUGGCGCCAUAUUCUGCAGAAGAUGCUCGAGGCUUGCUAAAAGCUGCAAUAAGGGAUCCUGAUCCUGUUGUUUUUCUGGAAAAUGAAUUGCUGUAUGGAGAAUCAUUCCCUGUUUCUGAUGAAGUGCUUGAUUCUAGUUUCUCUCUGCCGAUUGGCAAAGCUAAGAUAGAACGCAAGGGAAAAGAUGUUACCAUUACUGCAUUCUCCAAGAUGGUCGGUUAUGCUCUACAGGCUGCAGAUAUAUUGUCCAAGGAAGGAAUCAGCGCUGAGGUGAUCAACCUUCGAUCAAUUAGACCACUGGACAGAGCUGCCAUAAAUGCAUCUGUUAGGAAGACAAAUAGAUUGGUGACUCUUGAAGAAGGCUUCCCCCAGCAUGGUGUUGGUGCUGAGAUAUGCAUGUCUGUUGUCGAAGAAAGCUUUGAGUAUCUUGAUGCACCAGUUGAGAGGAUUGCUGGAGCUGAUGUACCCAUGCCCUAUGCUGCCAACCUUGAGAGAUUGGCUGUUCCACAGGUGGAGGAUAUCGUACGUGCAGCGAGGCGGGCUUGCUACAGAGCGGUGCCAUUGGCGGCAACUGCCUGAUCAAUUUUCCUUUUACUUUCUCUUUUGCUUUUACCACUUGGCCAGGAAAGAGAAACUGUGUUCCAUAAUGGUAUCCACAAUUGCCCAAACUCAAAGCGAGCUGAUUUUUGUAGAUGUAAGCAUUCGUUUGUGCCUGUCCAUUUUAUUUUUGUUGUGAAUUAUGCAGCUUACGUUGAUUGAUUUGCACGGCCAAAUCAUGCUGGCUAUAUAAAUGGAAAACUGAGGUUCUCGAUCAGUU